AUGGACAGUAAUAAAUCUGUUGUCGAGGUUUCUAAUAACGGUAUUAAUGAUAACGAAUUUAUAAUGAGAAAAUCAACCACCUUAGCAGCAUCAUCUUCAGAUCGAGCCUCCUCAAUUGCUGAAUUUCAAACACCAUCUAAAAAACCGAGACAACGCACAAAUACACUUCGAAUUCUCAUUCAUGCUACAAUGCAAUUGCUCACAUCUCCUCCUUUAUCCCCUACUUUACCAAGCUCCCCAAAUGAAAGCAUAAACUCCACGGAUUCAGAACAAUCUUCUUAUAUCUCGUUCCCGGAGUAUGAUAUCUAUGACGAAAUUAACGAUAAUAUUCAAAAUGGAUCAAGAGGAGAAACCGAAUCUAUGGUGUUACAAAUGGAGGAAUUUGACGAGAUGCUGGUCAAUGGUGUGCGAGUUUUACGAUCAUCUAAUUAA